UCCCUUCCAGCUAAGGUUGUGGAAAAUUUUUCACUCUCACACAGACCCACCCUCUGAUCCUACCGUUAUAUAUAGACCACUCUCUCUUAUCGUUUUCGGGCAAAAAACAUUCACAUCUCUCUCGGUUUCACCCAUUUGCUUUGCUUAACAAAUGAUGGCAACGCUUUCACACCUCUCACUGCUUUUCUUGCUCUCAUUCUUCACCACCGCUUUUAACUUCGCAGAGUCUCAGUCAUUCAUCGGAGUGAAUUACGGCCAAGUCGCCGACAAUCUUCCACCGCCUGCGGCAACCGCGAGUCUCCUCAAAUCGACGGCGAUCGGAAAGGUUCGACUCUACGGCGCCGAUGCUGCGAUCAUCAAGGCACUCGCGAACACCGGAAUCGGAAUCGUCGUCGGAGCCGGCAACGGCGACAUUCCGAAUCUGGCUUCCGAUCCGAACGCGGCGACUCAGUGGGUGAACUCGAACGUGUUGCCUUACUACCCGGCCAGUAACAUCACGCUCAUCACAGUUGGGAACGAGGUCAUGACCUCGAUGGACCAAGGCUUGAUCUCGCAGCUACUUCCGGCGAUGCGAAAUGUCCAGAAUGCCCUCAACUCGGUGUCCCUCGGUGGGAAAGUGAAGGUCUCGACGGUUCAUUCCAUGGCCGUGUUGACUCAGUCCGAUCCGCCCUCGUCCGGGUUGUUCAACCCGGUUUUCCAGGACGCGUUGAAGGGCUUGUUGCAGUUCCAAAAGGACAAUGGGUCUCCAUUUGCGAUCAAUCCCUACCCUUUCUUUGCGUACCAGAGCGAUUCCAGGCCUGAAACGCUGGCGUUUUGCCUUUUCCAGCCCAACGCGGGACGAGUCGACUCGGGGAAUGGAAUCAAAUACCUGAACAUGUUCGAUGCUCAGGUAGAUGCUGUACGUUCUGCUUUGAAUUCAAUGGGAUUUAAGGAUGUUGAGAUUAUGGUUGCUGAGACCGGUUGGCCAUACAGUGGGGACAGCAAUGAAGUAGGACCCAGUGUGGAGAAUGCAAGGGCCUACAAUGGGAAUUUGAUUGCUCACCUUAGAUCAUUGGUUGGGACCCCUCUAAUGCCUGGAAAAUCCGUGGAUACAUAUAUCUUUGCACUGUAUGAUGAGGAUUUGAAGCCUGGACCAGCUUCCGAACGAGCGUUUGGUCUUUACAAGCCUGAUCUGACCAUGACAUAUGAUGUUGGUCUUUCAAAGACUAGCCAGGCCCAGACUCCAUCCACUCCAUCAACAACUCCAUCCACUAGUCCGUCAACUCCAUUACCUAAACCAACAGCAACUGGCUGGUGUGUUCCUAAGAAUGGCGUUUCUGAUGCUCUAUUGCAGGCAAAUCUUGACUAUGCCUGUAGCCACGGCAUUGAUUGCGGUCCCAUCCAACCGGGGGGUGCCUGCUUCGACCCUAACACUGUAUCAUCACAUGCUUCCUAUGCCAUGAAUCUCUAUUACCAAACCAUGGGAAAGAAUCCAUGGAACUGUGAUUUCUCACAAACGGCAGUCCUUACAUCCACAAAUCCUAGUCACAAUCCUUGCAUUUAUCCUGGUGGGAGUACCUGAAAGGCAGCGCAGUCUCAUUAGAUAUAUAAAAAAGAAGAUUUUGUUUUUGCAGGUGUCUAAAUAAAUUAGUAAAAUUUGAGGGUGUGCCUUUUAAUUCUACCUUUAAUUGUAAAGGAUUACUACUUUAAUUUGGUUGUAUUUUGGUGUAGCUCUCUGUCAUACUUUUAAAUCUUGUUCUGAUAAAGUAAUGUUAGCUGUGAGAUAAAAGUGCAAUUAUGUCAUGAGGAACUUUAGUGGCUAAAAUGAGUCUUAUUUUAAGUUUGUGAA